UCAAACACUCUGCAGAUUAGUUCCCCAACUUUAUUUCACUGCAUGGUGGAGAAGGAGCAGCUAGGAAAUAUUCCAGAAGUUUCCUUAGAGGUUGGGAUUUGUUUGGGAUAUAACUGGAUCUGUUCAGUAGGUGUUCCUGAAGUAGGAGAACCAGUUCUGGAAAGGUCCGAGCAGACCGAUGGGAUCCUGAUGUUCCUGCUCCGUAAUCCGACACCUGAGGGGAUUCCUGCUGCCUCCUGCCUGAAGUCAUGGGUCAGGUCCAGGCCACCACCGAUACAGAAGUGACUCUGCAGAACAUUCAGGAACUGUACCGGAAAUUCACCGAUGAAUGUCCGAGUGGAAACCUGCACCUGCAUGAAUUCAAGAAAAUCUUUGGCGUCAGCAGCAAAUCAUCAGAGGAGGAGGUGGCUUUCAUUGAACUUGUCUUUAAAUCCUUUGAUACCAAUAAGGACGGUAAGUUGGACUUCAUGGAGUACGUGGCAGCCGUGAACCUCGUUCUUCGUGGAAAACUCAUCGACAAACUGAAGUGGUCUUUUAAAAUUUACGACAACGAUGGGAAUGGCUGCCUGACCAAUCAGGAAGUGAGGCGUAUUAUCAAAAUCAUCACCAAAAUUAAAUGGCAUAAUGAUUCGAAUGUGGAAACUGUCGACUACAUCUGCGACAGGAUAUUUGAGCUGACGGACAAAAACAAAGACAGUCAGAUAUCUCUGGAGGAGUUUAUUGAGGGAGCAGAGAAGGAUCCGUGGCUCAUGGAGCAGCUCCGACUGGACUUGGCGCCUAAAACCUGGUUCAUUAAAACCCAGCAGAAGAAGAACUGAGUCCUCCAGACUGCAGGAAUAUUCAGCCUUACCAUCAACAGACACACUGGACUAAACCUCAGCGGCCAGCCUUAAUGUUCAGGUUCUGUUUUUCUGGGAAAAGGUUUUUCCCAUUUUCCUUCAAAAUAAUCCAUAUUUGCCAACAGAACUUAGCAUUUCAGCAGGUUGGCGCGUCCUGAUAGAGGAUCUUCAGCCGUUACUCUGGGAAAGUGGAUUCUGUCUGCUGAGCCGUUGCUCUGCAGAGCUGGACAAACGUUUUGGAUCGACACAUUUUCAUUUUUCAAGCAGAAGCCUUUUGAUCUUCGCUCGGUCUCAUUUAAAGCUUAUUCCAUUCCUCUCACUGUUUGAACUUUUGCUUCAACUUUUGGAAAUUUCCAAGUUUGGAUUAAUCCAACAAUUUGUCUGUAACUGAUAACUACAGGCUUAAAAACACCUUUUACACUGUUGUGACCUCAUAUUUAAAAAAGUCUAAACAACCUUCCUCCAACAUGGAAGGUUGAUGUUUCUAUUGUACAACUUUCUGAACCACAUUUUGUCUCUUUUGCUGAACAGAAAACCCAUACGAACACCAGAACCAGGAGUCUGUAGAACCCAAACUACAAGCUCUUAGGUUUGGCAGCUCAACUUUAUUUUAUUUAAGGAUAUUGUGCUUUUAUUCAC